AUGCAGUAUUUGCGCCUGCCCAGAGCCCUAUCACCUUCGGAAGAUAUCAGCUCGUCGGACGAUGACGAUAGAGCGGCUAUCAGGCGCCGUAGCCGUGACCUGAGCGACGAUUCCGCCGUCGAGCUGGAGCCCCGGAGACGGCAUUCCCACCCCCGCGACAUAACCCCCCCGCCGGACCCCAUGUCGCCUAGACGAGAGCGGACCUUGAUCGAGGCUAACGUUGUUGAGAUAGGGCGCAGGGGGAGCGAGGGUUGUGAAGCGAGGGCGCGCUGCGUGAGAACUCCCAGCGUGGUGGUCAGUGACUAUUCCGAUGGUGUCGCCGUGGGUGCUACUGAGGAGGAGGUUGACUGGCUGCGAGCCAGGUCUCUGUCAGCUGAUUCCGCGUGCUCUUCCUGUUCUACCCUCUCCAGCCGAGAGGAUGACGAGUUCGAGUCCCCGCCGCUACCAAAAAAGAUGUUAAACGCCGAAUGA